GUUCGGUCUCUGCCGCCGAGCGCCAAGAUCCACCGGGCCAUGUCGGACUCCAAUGUGCUGCUCACGCGCAUCGUCACGCAAGUCGGCGACCAGUUCUACUACACCUACGGCCCCCUCAACUUCCUCGUCAGUGUCACGGUAAAGACGUCUACCUCUGUGACAGAAAUGAUGCCCACCCAUCCGUCCAUCUGUGUGUAUGGCGAUGGCUGCAGGAUGUGUGUCGGUGGAGCGAGUUCGCCAACAAACCCUUCUCAUCGCUCUUCAUGGUCAGUGGUCACCCCACCUCCCCCACCCUUCCGCCGCCCGGCAUUCCUCGACGCGUGUGGCAUUCAUGUGCUCCCUCACUGCAUGUGUGCGUCAGAACUGGUUCCCGCGCCUCGCCGAGCCCCCCGAGGGCGCCUCUACCUCUCUGCUGCGCGCGCCCGUCUUCUCGGAGGCCGGGGUGGACGUGGGCGCCGCCAUGACUGAUGACGACGUCAAUCAUAUCAACAAGUGCGCGAGCGGUCCACCGACCACACACGCCUACAUAUGGAUGUGUGUGUGUGGCGUGUGUGUGGCGUGUGUGUCCAGGCAGCUGAUGAAGGCGCGCUUCACCCGCAACAUGUUCCGCGCCAAGUACGACCAGCCCAGGAAGGGCCCAUCUGCCGGACAGGUCGGUGCAGUGGACACACAGAGAGAGAGAGACAGAGAGACACACAUUCCCUCUGUGUGUAUGUGUGUGGGUGGGUUUGCUGCCAGCGUAAGAAGCUCAAGUGUUUCUUUCCCGAUCGCAAGACGUUCGAUGAGGCGGCCGUGCUCGAAUCCUUCAAGUAAACACACACACAAGGCAUUCUCCUGCUGUGUGUGUGUAACCAUCCCCUGUCUGUCUGUCUGUCUGGCUGUUUGUCGGUCAGGCUGCCGGUGCGUGUGUUUCUGACCCAUCUGCUGCAGGGCGCCGCGGUGAGCGACCGAUAUCACAACACACGCCCACACGCACACACGCACACACGAGACACAUCACAUCUCUCUCCUCCGCCUGUGUCCGUGUUCAGUACGGCCCCUCCCUGGCCAACUACACCGACUUAGCCCCUGCAGAGCAUCCCCCCGACCAGCAGCAGCACCAUCCAUUGCCUCCCCCUCUGUAUGGCCCACCACUCCCACCCCACCGCCAGCCCUACCCCACCCCGCCAGUGCCCCUCAUCGUCAUGGGCUACCCCGUGGAUGAGCACCAUGAGCACCAUGAGGACAGAGACCCCUUCCACGGCCCCCCGCCGGCCUUUCCCCCCUGCUGUGACGAUGGCGAUGCUGACGAGCCCAUGGCGCCACACAGAGACGCCCGAGACCCAUAUGACGCCGCUGCCGCCCCUAAGCUCAGCUUCUCGCCCAACGACAUGGACGAUGACGAUGACCUCUUCGCAUGUGGGGACGCAUGAGUGACACACACGACGGGGGGAUGGCUCUUGUCCUUCUGUGUGUGUGUGUGUGUGUGUGUCAGCGGCCCUCUGCCCGCCGCUCCCAUUUGCCGUUCCUGCUGGUGGUGGCGGCAGUGAGGUGGCCAUGACGGAUGAGGCCCCUGCUGUGGCUGCGGCUGUGGGUUCGGGGGCCGGUGAGGGCACCAACAACUUGAAGAGGAAGAGACGGCGGAUCGCACUCAUCGACUGAGCGGCCGACCCACACCUAACUGGCGAGGCGGAGGGGCGGGGGAGGGGGGAGGGCAGGCACCAUGAGCCAGCGGGUGUGUGGACCAACCGACCGACAGACGGACAGAUGGAUGGAUGGGAUGACUGGUGUGUCUAUGUGUCAGCUCUGAUGAUGACAGACAUAUACACAUGUGGAGUGACGGACGGGGAGCAAUCGCAUGUCUGUACGCAUCUGUGUGUAUGUGUCUGAUGCAAUCGAUGCGUCCAUU